GACUACUUCGAUCGUUCUCUGGUGUGCUUAAAAUGUGGCGGGUUAGUACUUUAACAUGUGAUAUGGUUACAUGAUAAGCAGUGACGUGAAUGUGCUUGCAAGUUUAUACGGACUACACGAGCUCGAGACAUACGCCCAGGUUUCCUUGCUAGGUAGGACCGUCUUGAGUUAGCUGUCUAAGCUAGCUAAACAGAUGCUAUAUUGAUAUUAUUACAAUAAUAUCAGUGUAGGUGGAUAUUAUAUGCAUGCUAUACUGAUCUGGGUUUAGCAUACAAACAACUGUGUGUUAUAAGAGUGUGUUUAAUAUUUGUUGUUGAUUGUUAGCUUAGCAUACGGACACACCGGCGAAGACGUGAGCCCACGUACACAGUGAGUGUAGACGUCAUGAUGUGCCCGAAUAGAACAAGCACUUUCCAUUCGUGUCUCUACAGUAUAUUGAUAUAAUACACAAUAUAAUAGUUUCCUAGCUGUUUUUUUUCUUCAAAAAUGAUGAAUGGAUGCAAGAUGCGUUGUUCGAUCGGGCGACUUGUAAUAUGCAACUUCCUGGUUGUUUGAAUGUUCCGCCCUGAGUCCAGCUGACUCCUGUUAAAAGCUAAAUCUAUUCAAAAUCAGUUUUGACAAAUGAAACACUGUUUAAACGCGCUAUAAUUAUAGCUACCCUCUUUUUAAAGCAUGUUUUUGUGUAUUUUCUGUUAUAUAAAAUAUUAUAAUUGUCUCUCAUUCCUCAAUUUUUCAAAUUUGAAAAAUAAUUUACCUUAGACAGCUUCAUGAAAUUCAUAUUUAAAAUGAAGGUACUCUGGGACAACCAAUAUGGAUAUUGUUAGGUCAAAAUUAACUUAGUUGGAAAUAUGUUGUUAUACAGUAUGUAAAUACUACAUGACAUGCUGUCAGCAAAGCUUACUAUAAUUCUUACAACAGAAAUUAUGAUAUUCAUACAUAUUUCAGCAUCUUCAUACUAAUAUGAUGAUGAUGAUGAUGGUGGUGGAACCUGAUAUUUAUGUGACAUACAUCAUAUGAAGAAGGUAGCUGCGCAGAGAGGAAUUGCACAUGUGGUAGAAAACGGACGACAUGACUGAAACGAGGGAAGACAUCUGUGCCCGGUGAGUCCCAUGAAGGAGAGCACAGGAAUGAAGCUGCACCUGAUUUCUGGUUGAGUUUAAAGAAAGUGUCCUGUGGCAUGGCCGUGGAGACAUCCCCAUUUCCCAACCGGUGUGCUGCUGGCCUUCAUGUGGCGGCAUGGGUGUUAAUUCUACCCUGCUUCUGGUUUCUUGACCGACUCAUCGCUGUGUGCAAGUCAACCACCCUUGAGCAGACGCAGAGACUAGAGGAGGGAUGCUACCUCCGCCCCCUCAAGGUUGUCUUUGGCUCCAUCACUUUCUCCAUUCUCUUUCUCUUGACGGCGCCUGUAGCCUUGCUGGGCUUCCUGCUGUGGGUGCCACUGCAAGCGUGGCGCAGACCCUUCUGCUACCACCGUGAGGCGACAUCAUUACAGUGUGAGACACACAUGGGCUUUGAGCUGGAAGGAAAGGCAUCGUUUUGCUUUGCAUCAGCCAACUUGUGUCUUCUGCCGGACAGUCUUGCUCGCUUCAACAACCUGGGACACACCCAGCGCAGGGCUCUUGCUAUUGGAGAGUGCAUAGCCAUGAGUGUGGGCCGACCCAACAUCCGCAUCUUUAUUGACUCCCCCAGCAGCUGCAGUACUGUCAGCCCCUCCGACAGUAUUGUCCCCACAGUCAAUUCGCCUUCUUAUAGCGCUACAGACGGGCAGGCUCCAUCUCCAGAUAGUGAUGUAUUUGGAGGAAAGGCAAGGAACGAAGUGGUUCAUACACCUGGUAGAGAUACAAAGGAGCCCUCUGCUGAGGUACCGUCCAUCCAGCAUAACUCCAACCAGAACUCUAACCAGCAGGGUCAGUGCAGUGCUCCCCGCGCUUUACUCUCCCAGGGUCUUGGCCAGCAGGAGGAUGUGCCCUGGGAAGUGUCAACGUUUUUUCCCGCCAAUGUGGACAUUCUCUGUUUAGAGGAGGUGUUUGAUAAGAGGGCCGCACAGAAACUCACCCGUGUGCUAAGUCCUUUGUUUGGACACAUUCUCUAUGACAUUGGAGGAUAUGCCUGUCAGCCGCCGUGCAGCUGUUCCACUUUCAAGUUCUUCAACAGCGGCCUCUUCCUUGCCAGUCGAUUCCCCAUCCAGGAGGCCCAGUACCACUGUUUUCCAAACAGCCGAGGAGAGGACGCGUUGGCUGCCAAGGGCCUCCUCGCUGCUAAGGUGGUGAUUGGGAAGAACCAGAAGCAGAGGAAAGUGGUUGGUUAUUUUAACUGUAUCCACCUUCAUGCACCAGAAGGUGAAGGAGAGAUCCGCUGUGAGCAGUUGAACAUGGUCACCAAGUGGAUUGGGGAUUUCCAAGCAGCCAACAGACAGCCCGAUGAGGAAGUAGCUUUUGAUGUACUUUGUGGCGACUUUAACUUUGACAACUGCUCACCAGAUGACACUUUGGAACAGAAUCACUGUCUCUUUGAGGAAUACAAAGACCCUUGCAGGGCAGGCCCAGGGAAAGAGAAGCCCUGGGUCAUCGGUACUCUACUGGAGCAGCCGACACUGUAUGAUGAGUGUGUAAACACCCCGGAAAACCUACAAAGAACUUUGGAGAGUGAGAUGCUCAGAAAGCGUUACAUCUGCCCUCCCGUUCCUGCCACAGGCUCGCCAUUAGUUUACCCUGAAACUGACCAGCCGUGGAUAGGACGACGGAUAGAUUAUAUCCUCUUCCGGGAAACGUCCAUCUCAAAGCACUGCAGAACAGAAGUGGAAGAGGUAUCGUUUAUAACCCAGCUGGCUGGCCUGACAGACCAUAUUCCUGUGGGCUUGAGACUAAAUGUAACCAUGGACUUGUGACGUUGUUGGAACAUAAUGUUGUGUUCAAAGAAAGGGAGAAUGCACAAGUUUACAUUGCUGAAAAGCCAUUAUAUGAUGUUUACAUAAUUUGAUUUGGGAUUUUCUGCUGAUGCACUCACAUAUCAAACGUAUGUGAAAUAUCUCAGGUGGUAUUAAUACAGUUUAUGGGUUUGCCUGGAUACGUUAUGUAUCUCAUGUUAUACAUAGGAUUCUUCCAGGUUUUGUAUAUGUAUGUUUUUUUUUUUUUUGUAAUUCCCCACAGAAAUAAAUAUAAAUAAGACAGGUGUACAAAAUUUGAUGAAGUUAGAAACAAGAAUGAAAACCAUGCUUUUUAGCUAAAUGGAUGGCGCUGAUUUAAAUAGUCACAGGCUUUGUCGUGACGGGUUACAUUUUUUUCGGAAAUGUCAUCUUACUUUUUUACUGUUGCAUGCUGAAAUGCAUAAAUGAAUGUGAAGUGAUGGAUACAGCAUCGAUUAAGCACAGAGGAGAAAAUAAAAUUACU